ACUCAACUGCCUCAGUCCUAAAACCAUUGACCUUGAUUGAUAAUUUGGAGACCAGAGAAAAGCUGGCUGAUUUACUGCCCACCAACCCCGAUGGUGGCACAGAAAUCUGUCUAGGUCUUUUUAAAGGACUGGAGGUUCUCAGAAUGAAUGGUGGGUUUUCAAAUGGAAAAUAAAUUAUUUUCUUAACUGAUGGAGAGUCUAAUAGUCCAAUAAAUUGCGUAAAAAAUGCCAUCGCAAGUGGUGCUACAGUACACACAAUUAGUUUUGGACAUAGUGGAGAUAAACUUAUGGAAGAGAUGUCUGAAAAAACAGGUGGUAAAUUCUUCUAUGCAGGAGAUACUUUGAAUUCCAAUGAGCUUGUGGAUGUCUUUGCCACACUAACAACUUCUGAUGGAGAUCCAACACAACAGACAAUCCAGCUUGAAAGCCUUGGAUUUACUGUGAGUGGGUCUGGCUUGUUCAGUGGGACUGUGUCCAUUGACAAGACAAUUGGCAACAACACAGCUUUUCUGAUCCUCUAUAAACACAGUCCACCACUAACCAUCCUUGUAGAAAGCCCCUCUGGACAGAAAUAUAAUACAUUUAAACCUGAUCCUCAAGGGAAAUCUCUCACCCUGAAUAUUCCAGGAACAGCAGAGACAGGAAAAUGGACUUACAACAUUACCAACAACGGACAAACACAGACUAUGUCAAUAACAGUGACCAGUCGUGCGGUCAGUGCAGAUGUGCCGCCUGUUACAGUGAAGACUCACAUGAACCAACAGUCCAGUAACGGUGCCCAAGCCAUGGUGGUUUUUGCUGCAGUCAGCCAGAAUGGACUUCCUGUCAUACUGGCAGACGUGAGAGCUACUCUGGAGUCUGAUGCUGGAGACAAACAAGAGCUGGAUUUACUAGAUAAUGGAGCAGGUGCCGAUGCUUUCAGAAAUGAUGGCAUCUAUUCCAGAUACUUUGCACGAAUGAAAAGUGGGAAAUACAACUUGAAAGUGAGAGUACAGAACGGAUAUGGAAAAGCUAGAUUCUCCCUCAAGAGACGCAGUGGUGCCAUGUACAUACCUGGAUAUGUGGUUGAUGGAAAGCUGGAGCUCAAUCCACCAAAGCCCUCUGUUGGUGAGGAGGACCUAGUGGCAGAUGUUGGCAUCUUCAGCAGGACAGCCAUAGGUGAGAGCUUCACUGUGAAUCUGCCACCUGGUGUUCCCUCGACGAAAUUCCCCCCCAACACCAUCACAGACCUGAACGCAGAGUUGGUGAAGGACAGAGUGCUGCUCAUCUGGACUGCACCUGGGGAGGACUUGGACCAGGGCACAGCGAGUGAAUACGAGAUCCGCUACAAUGAGGAUCCUGACCUGCUCAGAUCCAACUUCAGCACCGCUCAUCUGAUCAACUCAUCUAACCUGCUACCAAAUGAAUCUGGAUCCUCAGAACAGCUCUCCUUCACUCACACCAAUGGAAAGAUGAGAAACGGCACCACUCUGUUCUUUGCAGUGAAAGCAGUUGACAAGGAUACGCUUUCCUCUGAAACCUCCAACCUUGCUCAAUUGACCUUUGGCAAUGGUGUAAACAUUGUUACGUCCCCCAGUCCUGUCGUGUGUUCUGUGUGUGUGUUUGUUUCGGCUCUCUGUGUCUUUUCUUUACAGGUGGCGCCAAUCACCCUCAUUGCCAGUCAUCACUGACUCCUCCCUCCCGGUAUCACGUCCAGCUGGUUCCUGUUCCCAUCAUCCAGUCCCAUCAUCCCUUCAGCUGUAUAUCUGUGCCACUGUUUGUUUCGUGCGCGGCCUCUCUCUGUGUAUAUGGUUGCUCUUUCUUUGAGCAGGAGGGGAAGUACCUUGGGAGUGUUAGGAAAGACGCCCUGGGCUUACAUCAUCCAUAGGGUAACUUCCUUGUCUAAACACAUUAGGUUAGACCGGGGCGGACCACCCCCUGUAUAUUGUGUUCGGAUAUGGGUAAGGACUAGCUAGGUUUAUUGUUUUUUACUGCUUUCCUUUACUGUUGGUUGUAGUAUUACAGUGUUCAGAAUGGCGGCAUCGGCCGUUGGUGCGUUUAUUGAUGACCCUUCAUAUGAAGUAUUGUUAGGGCUGCGUAAAAAAGACCUUAUAGCGGUCGCUGGCCAUUACAAUACAGUAAUAAGAAAGCAAGCACUCAAGGCUGAGAUAGCAAUUUACAUAUCCAUCGCCGUGGUAGACAUAGCAGUCGGUUUGAUCGUAGGUGUGACAAGGACUGCAAUAAAACGAAAACAAAUGCUGCAAAUGACAUCACAUAUUAUAAAAUAGGAUGAUUCUGUUUUGCAAGCAAAUAAGCUCUGGUAUAUUGAAAAAAAGAUUCUGAUGAAACCAACAAUGUCCAUUCACAAAUAUUGAUUAAUUCCUGAACAUUGAUAAACACUUCCAACACCUUUAGUUGGACCUUUCUUCUGGCAUUUAUUAGUCUCAUUUUAGGUGGAAUGAUGGUCACGCGUAUGUGCAUGCAUUGUAAGGCUUGGGCCAUGCAUAAUGUUAAAAUGGCUCAGAUUAUGCAACCUAAUGUUUUCAAACAAUUUCCAAUAGCUUUGCUACAUCUGCAUUGCAGCGUUUUUACACAGGCCGAUUCGAAAUGAGGGUUUCUUUAAAAAACUAAAUUUAUAAAACUGAAGAGCCUGUGGUAUUUACUACUUUAGAUGGUGGAGAAUGUCACAAUGUCAACUCUGUCAACUCUUAUAAAUAAAAAACUAAUUGUUUCAUGUGUCUAUUCACAUACAUUUGUCUGUGCUGUGAUUAGUGUAGUGAGUUUUUGAGGUUGUGUGUGCGUGUGCAAGAGUUUGUGGAGCCCAAACAUCUUCAGUACAGUCUCAGAGGCCUGGGAU